UGACUGUCAACUGCCAGUGCCAUGCAGUGCAAGCUAACUCGUCUGAGACGCCAUGAUUAAGGGGAGAUGUGUUAAAAGAACUCUAUUGAUAUUAGUGAUAAAGAGACUCUGGUACAAGUAUUUUUUCGCUGUGUGAACACAAGUAUGAAGAUACCAUCAUCAGGAACGACAGCUCAUAUCAAAGACGAACCAGAAGUUAAGGCCAUACACGGAGUGACGACAACCACUGUGGUUGGUAUCUGUGCCGGGAGUGUUGUUCUUAUUUUCACUUUAGCGGCUCUAACCUACUACUGCUACAGACGCCGAGCUUCGAGAGAGGCUCACAAGUUGACCGCUGUUUUCAGAAGAAACUUGCCAGAAGAACCACUUGUGCCGCGAAAACCCACAGCUGUGAGGAGUCCUAGCAGUGGUCCUGGUGGACUGAAAAAAAGCCCUAGUCCAACCAGUCAAAAGUCGCCCUCUGAUGACCGGCUUGUUGUGGCAGGUUCUUCUAAACGACUAUCACCAGGAGUCUUAGAAGGGACGACCACGUGUUCCAUAGAACAUGAAAAAACCAAGGUUAAAGAUAAGACGCCUAGCCCCGUAGAAGAAAAAGAUGUGAUAGAAGAGAAGCCGACCAAACUUGGAGAUCUUCAAUUCCAUCUCAGGUACCAGUCCGACAAGCAUGCGUUUUUAGUAACCAUUGUGCGCUGUGUAGACCUGCCGGCUAAAGAUCCUAACAUCAGGAGCUCGGAUCCCUACGUUAAGCUACAGUUACUGCCGGACAAACAACACAAGGUAAAGACCCGAGUUCUUCGCAAGACCCUUCAGCCUGUGUACGACGAGGAGUUUACUUUCUAUGGGAUCACUCCAAGCCAGCUACAGACGACCACCUUACAUUUCGUUGUUCUCAGUUUUGACCGCUACUCACGGGACGACGUCAUUGGUGAGGUUGUGUACCCCAUGACAGGUAUAGCGGUAGAAGAUCUGGAGAAGCAGGUCACGGUGACACAAGAAAUUUCUCCAAGAACGUUAAAGAUCCGGUCUCAAGGUCGAGGAGAGCUUCUAAUUUCACUUUGCUACCAGCCAGCGGCUAAUAGACUGACCGUCGUCGUUUUGAAGGCCAGAAACCUUCCAAAGAUGGACAUCACUGGACUAUGCGAUCCCUACGUGAAGAUCUACCUUUUAUACAACAACCAAAGGAUUGCAAAGAAAAAGACGCAUGUUAAGAAGCGAACAGUACAACCAGUGUUUAACGAAUCUUUCGUCUUCGAAGUGCCCUAUAACGAAGGCUUGGAAAAUAUCAGUCUGGAAUUCCUGGUGUUAGACUGGGAUCGGGUCACAAAGAACGAAGUUAUUGGCAGGCUGGAAGUAGGGUCUAAAACCGGUGGUGCAGCGCAGCAGCAUUGGACAGAGGUCAGCCACUCUCCGCGGAGGCAGAUUGCUGAAUGGCAUAAACUCCGGGAGUGAGGAUACUAAUCCCAGGGACAAUAUUACCUGCUAGUUUUUGUUCUUCUUUAUGUUAAUACUUAACAAACUGACUCGUUUCACUUAACUGGUUGAAACUUUGGCCAUUUUCUUCCAUGCUUGUGUUUAUUUAUUGUCUGUCUUUGGUGUUGUAAUAGAAUAAUGGGUACAAGUGUACGUAACGCUAUAGUUAGUUAACUAAUAGCUACUUCAGGCCACAACGUACCCUUUCCUGCAUAGUUACCAUAUAUAAUAGUUCUGCCAUUCAAGUUGCAUGUAACUCAUCAUAUAGAACGUCCUGCAUGUAAAGAAACUCCAUUAACUGGUGUAAAUUUGAUGAAUAAUAUAUAUUUGCACAUGUAAACUUUAAAUCAACCACAAACCUAUUAUGAGUGUAAGUUUUUGGAGCAAAUAUUCUGCAUAUGUUGAAGUUUCUUGACCUGAUUAUUGGGCUCACGUGCUGGGUAAGAUGCCUUUCAAUUUGAAGAUACUAGAAUAUAUACUAUUAAAUCUAAAACUAUCGACUUUACCACCAAUUUCAAAAUUUUGCAUUAAAUUAUGACAAUGUCAAUAGCUUACAAUUCAAUAAUUUAUUUAAGUGGGGUCCUUUGUUUUUGGUCACAAUAUUAGAUGUUCAGCUGUAUUUCAGAUUGAUUGGCCUCAUGG